AUGGCCGAACCAAUUGAUUCAAUACUUCGUGUUAAUUUAAAUACUAAACCAGAUGCUAUUAACAACUUAAAAACAUUAUCAUCAACUUAUAAUAAAGAUUCUGGUAAUUUUUUAUUACAAUCAAAAUAUAAUCAAUUAAUUUUGAAUUUUACUCAAAAAAAUCCAACAACAAAACAAUCUUUAUCUUCAGGUACUGAAACUAUUAAAAAAACUUUUCAAACGAUUAAAAAUACUGCUGGUUCAUAUGAAUUUGCAAAUGAAAUAGAUUGGGAAAUUUGGGAAGCUAUAGUUGAAAAUUAUGAAAACUUUGUUAAUGAAAAUACAAAUACUUUAAAUGAAUUAAUAUCAAAAGGUAUACCUAAAGAAAUUAGAGGUAUAAUAUGGCAAGUAGCUGCUUAUUCAAAAGAUUUAAAUUUAGAAGAUUUUUAUCUUCAAUUAAAAAAUGAAACUUCAAUACAUGAAAAAGCUAUAAAACGAGAUUUAACAAGAACUAGUUUUUUCACAAAUAUAGAUGCUGUUAAUAAAUCCGAUGAAUUAUUUAAUAUAAUAAAAGCUUAUAGUUUAUAUGAUCCAGAUGUUGGUUAUACUCAAGGAAUGAUUUUUAUUGGUGUUCCAUUAAUUAUGAAUUGUAAUGAGUCCGAAUCAUUUUGUUUAUUAGUUACAUUAAUGAAAGAUUAUAAUUUGAGACAUUUAUUUUGUCCAGAAAUGCAAGGAUUACAUUUAUUAUUAUAUGAAUUUGAUCGAUUAUUAGAAUCCUAUUCACCAAUUUUAUAUAAUCAUCUUACAAAACAAGGUAUAAAAUCAUCAAUGUAUGCUUCACAAUGGUUUCUUACAUUUUUUGCUUAUAAAUUCCCAUUAGAUAUUGUUUUAAGAAUUUAUGAUAUUAUAAUAACUGAAGGUAUGGAAUCAAUUUUAAAAUUUGCAAUAAAUUUAAUAUUAAAAAAUGAAUCAAAUUUGUUGAAUUUAUCAUUUGAUAAGUUAUUGGAAUUUUUGAAAGAUAAUCUAUUUAAUAUUUAUAUUAGUGAUGAAUUUAUAAAUACUGAAAAUAAUAAAAGGUUUAGUUUUACAAAGAAAUCAUCAAAUUCAUAUUAUAAAUUAGAUCAAUUAGUACAAGAUAGUUUAGAUAUUAAUGUUGAUCCUUUGGAUUUGCAAAAAUUUCAAAAUGAAUUUAAUCAUAUACUUGAAAAGGAAGAAAAGAAAGGUGAAGAAAUAACAAAUUUGCAGGUUGAAAAUGGUGCUCUUCGUAAAGAAAUUAAACAGUAUGAGUUUAAAUUUAAUUCUAUAAAUGCAGAUCAUUUAGAUACUGUACAAACAAUGGUUGAUUUAAAAAUCACAUUACCAGAUUUACUUAAUGAAAAUUCAGAACUUAAAGAAUUGAUAGAAAUUAGAAAUCAAGAAAUUGAAGAAUUGGAAGCAAAAAUUGGUAAAGAUAUACCAACUACAAUAGAAGAUCAAAUUAAAGAAUUAUUAGAUAUAAAUGCAAAAGAAGUUGAGAAAUCUGCAAAUUUAGAAGAAGAAUUACAAAAUUUAUUAAUUGAAGAAGAAAAUUUGAAGAAACAAUUACCAAAUCAUACUUGGUUUAAGUGGUGA